AAGGAAAGCGAGAAGGGGCGGGCGAGAAAGCGCUGCCUGACGGAGAGCGAAAGAGCCCGAGAGAAAGAGGCGGUGGCACUCCUGCUGCCUUCGGGGGUGAGAGGGUUGUCGGGCCGGGUGGAACCGCGCGGCGCCAUGGAGGACAUUAACUCCAACGUGAACGCCGACGCCGAAGUGCGGAAGCUGCAGGAACUGGUGAAGAAGCUGGAGAAGCAGAACGAGCAGCUUCGCAUUCGCAGUGCUGCCGGGGCUCCAGGCGGCAGCCCGAAACGGCUCCUCAGCAAUAACGGCGGCGGAGGAUCGGGCGCUUGCACGCCGCCACUGCUCCUGACGCCGCCGCCGCCGCCUCUUGCUGCAACCCAGGGAGCUGCCACUGCCGCCCCGCUGUCGCCUCCGUCGUCGUCUCCCGCCGUCAGGAGCAGCCCGUUGCUGUCGGGUCUUGAGAACCGCUGCCUCAGUCCCAAGGCCGGGCCCAGGCGGCCUCCUUCGAGUGAAGAAAGCGGCGGCGGAGGAGGAAGCUUGGCGGCAGAUGUACCAGCAGGGGAAAAUGCCAGCCUCCUGGAUGAAGUGGAGCCACUGCGGCCCGACGAACUGGAGCGCCUGGCUGGCUGCGAGGAAGACGAGACGGGAUGGUUGUAUACAUCACCAAAGAAGAAAGUGACUCCAGUGCAAAAAACUAUUAGUCCACUAGUUUGGUGCAGGCAAAUACUAGAUUACCCAACUCCAGAUAUUGAAUGUGCUAAAAAGUCAUUGAUCCACAGGCUUGAACAGACAAUGUCAGCCCUUAAGAGACACGGCCUCUAUAGCAAUCCAUUCAGCACUGUCAAUUACACAAACUCAUACAGUCCACAUGCUGGCAGUCCUUACAACAGUAGCUUCAAUUCUCCUUCUUCCACACCAGUGAAACCUCCUUUAGUAAAGCAGCUCAUACUUCCUGGCAACUCAGGUCACUUCAGAAGUUCAGCAGAUAGAAAUCCACCACUGAGCCCACAGUCCUCUAUAGACAGUGAAUUAAGUGCUUCAGAAAUGGAUGAAGACUCAAUUGGAUCAAAUUACAAACUAAAUGACUUAACAGAUGUGCAAAUUUUAGCUCGGAUGCAAGAAGAAAGUCUCCGGCAAGAAUAUGCAGCUACUGCUUCUCGGCGUAGCUCUGGUUCGUCAUGCAGUUCUAUGAGGCGAGGUACAUUUAGUGACCAAGAACUUGAUGCACAAAGCUUGGAAGAUGAAGAAGAUAGCUGUCAUCAUGCAGUGCACCCAGCUGUUAAUCGGUUCUCUCCAUCACCACGCAAUUCACCACGACCUUCACCAAAGCAGUCCCCAAGGAAUUCUCCCAGAUCACGAUCACCUGCUAGAGGAAUAGAGUACAGUAGAGUGUCACCUCAACCUAUGAUUAGCCGCUUGCAGCAGCCUCGUCUUUCACUUCAAGGCCAUCCCACUGAUUUACAGACUAGCAGUGUCAAAAGUGAAGAAAAACUAAGGCGUAGUCUUCCAAACCUGUCCAGGACAUCUAACAUCCAAGUUGAGUCUGUGAAAAACAGUAGAAGUGACUCAAACUUUCAAGUGCCAAAUGGAGGAAUACCUCGUAUUCAACCUCAACCCUCAGCCACUCUGCAAAGGCAGAAAAAUUUGCCCCGUGUUGCCUUCAAAACCAAACAGCUACUUCCUACUCCAGCUACCAAAGGAGUUCCUUCUCCCAGUAAAUUCCGCUCCCCAGCAGCACCAUCUCCUCUGGCUUUGAGACAGCCGGUAAAAGCAUUUAGUAACCAUGGACCUAGCUCUGCUGCUUCAGAAGCCGUCCAGCUUCCACACAGUAGCUCUUCACCAGGGCCUUUAGCAGCUCCUAGUUCAGUCUCUCCAAGCCCAGCCAGCAGCAUCAACAGUGCUACACUUACAAGACCUGCAGGGACAACAGGGAUGAGGAGUGGUUUGCCAAGACCUAGUGCCUCCUCCACUGGGGGCAUACCAGUGCCUCGUAGCAAACUUGCACAGCCUGUUCGCAGAACACUGCCAGCUCCAAAAACGUAUAGCAAUGUGAAAGAUGAGAGCUGGAAGGACGGCUGCUACUAAACUGCAAAACUACGUUGCUCAGCAGGUAUUCCUUCACCAAGCUAAACCGACAGAUCAAUAUGCAGACUGAUCAGACAAGACUUUGGGGGGUUUUGUAAAUCCCCAAACUUCUCUGUCCUUAAUUAGCACAAGCUGGCAGAGAUUAUAAAACAGCACUUUAAUGACAUCAACAUCAGAUACUUGGUGAUCACUCAAAUCACUUUUACAUGAAUCACUUUUCACCUCUGGAGCUUCUGCCCCAGCCCCCCGCUCUUCCUAAAAUUGUUAUAAAUGCUCACAGGGAUACAAUAGCCAACAUUUGGGCAAACACCUAAAAAUGCCAAAGAAAUAUUCUAUUUGAAAAAGCAGCAUGUAAACUUGUAAGCUGAUACUUUCCAAAAACAUCAUACAUGACUUGAUUGAUUUAAGGAACAAGGAAUUUUUGGAUAUGUAAACAUUCAAUAUAUUAAUCAAAGCAAAAAAUGGAGUUCAAAGUGCUACUGUGCUAGUGAGAUUGUUUUAAACAAUUGUGGAAGAUUUGGAUUGAAAAAUUGUUGAGUCAUGUUAGAACAAUUGUCUUUGUACUCCCACUAAGAAUGGUAGGAAAGCUAUAUCAUUUUUAUAUAUUGUUUAAACAGUCUGGAUCCAAUAGGUUCCCCAAAUUUGGGUGGGAUAGCUAGCAUCCUUUUAUGUUGACUUGACAUAUCUGGUUUGUGUUAUUUAACUUUGCCAAAAGGGCUUUGUGUCAGUUGUACAAUCUUUCUAAACUAACAGUUCCUGGCUCAGGAAUAGAUGGCCUUUGCUAUCUCAGCCACAUUUUAAACACACAGCUCAUACUAUUUUGAGAAGUCAUUUUUAGAGCAAGUUUCCUUGAAAAGGAAAGAGUAUCCAUUAAAUCACACCACAGUGCUUACAGCCUGGAACUCAACUGAACAUGCCUAUAGUUAACAUGAAGAAAAGACAACUAUGCACUUGUAACCUAGAGAUUCUAAGGAAAUGAGUUGUACUGUUGAUACCAAAUGAUAUAUUCAUGUGGGUAAUGUUUUAUGGUAUGAGGGAGUCUUCUUUAUCCUUUUUUAAAAAACUGAUUCAUUUCCUAACUUUGUUUUUAACUGUAAAUACUUCUGCUGAAGUCAUUGCCCAUGUUAGUAUUUUAACAAUGUACUUUGCCUUACACUUGUAUUUUACAUUGUUGGUAAGAGAUUAAAACAAAAACAAAAAACCUGCCACAUAUGUUUACAAGGUAUUUAAUUCCUCUAGUGACUGUCAGACUAACCAAUACUUAUUGUUUUUGCCUAUCCUUGUUGGCAGGGUACCCUACCCAGCAGAAAAGUACUACUAUUAUCACCCAAAGCCCACCCCCCUCCUUUUUAGUUUGUGCUACAUUGGAAGACUGAAGGUGUGUUACGUGAAGACAACAGGUUGGGAGCAUUCAUUGGCAAGGAAAAUCCCUUUGUAGGGGAUGAGAGAGCAGUCUCUUACUAUGGCAUGUGGCUGUGAAUAUGCAGCACUUGCAAAGUAUGUAAUGAGAAAAGAAGCUAGUCAGGAUACCCUUACUUUAAUAACUGAAGAAUCCAACAAAUUGUGUUGGAAUGUGUAGUAGGUUGCCUUUUAACCUCAUUCAUGCCUGCCUCUUAAAAUACGCUUUCUGAAUAUGCUUGCAGCAAAGGGUAAAUGAUUUUGGAAUUAGAGUCCUUAAAUUUUUAGCUAGCCUUCAUAGCUUAGUGGAUUAAAAGCCAUGCAGUUUUUACUUGAAUUGGAAAAGAGAGUAAGACAAGAUAGGACCAGAUAUUGGCUUCUGUAAUUUCAUAACCUAUCAGUAACCUUUUAUUGAUUAGAAGAGGGGCCUUUCCCAGGACCAUGUUCUAGUCAUGGGAUUCCUGCUGUAGGAAUCUUUAGGAUGCUGAUCCUUAAGGAGACACCAUAGGGUCUUUGAUGCAUGAGUCAGCUGCCAAGAAAGACACGGCCACAUGUGCCACUUUCUCAUUCUCAGUAUAACCAGGUCUUAGAAGGUGAUAUGUACAGAAAUCUUGCCCACACUCCAUUUUUAUAUAGUGGAAUGCUCACACUGCUAUGAAUCACAAGUACAGUGUGGGAAGUGGCACCACUUUAAUUAUAAAUGUUACUAAUAAACAUUUCUCCUGAUCUUUACAUCCAGUUAGAUCAAAAUUUACUGAUCUGGUUUGUCUUCCAAAAUCAAUGUAGCCAAUAAAAAAAAUGGAGGCCAGGUUAAACAGAGCUGUGUUUACUGUGUGUCCAGCACUAUUUAUAUUGCUAUUUAAAAUCUGAGGUACCCAAAAAGUUUGGGUAAAUCUACCUAACCUCUUAAAAAAAAGCUUGGCUUUAAUGAAGUGGAUAUUGCAGUCUUCAAAAGUCAAGAAAUAACAAUUUGUGCUUUUGUUACAAAAAAUUAAUUGAUUUUGCUUUUUCAGAAAUUCAGAUGUUGCCUUUUUUAAUCAAGCUACAUCACCGUAUUUUACAAACUACUGUUUUUAUAUAGUCCGGCUAUUUAAUCACUUGGAAGGUAUAUUAGGUUCUGGAAACAUCCUGCUGCUACAUCGUAGUAAACAUUCUGCAAAUACAAAUUCCUGAAAGAUGAAAACUGCCAGUUUACUAGGGGAGACUUUGUGCAUUACCAGUUUAUUUGAUUAUCAGGACUAGGACUUUCUGUGUUUAGAGGUUUGGGUAUUUUGAAGAAGUGUGGAAACAUGAAUUUGAUAAACUAGUGCCUAUGAUUUACUUAAUUUAUGUUUGAUAAUAGUUGUAAGGGUUUUAUGAAUGUGGAUUAUUUUUUUGUGCCAACAGGUCAGAAUUGUUGUAUGUAUGUAGGCAGAAAGAAAGGAGUUCUGCUUCCAAAGUUAUUUAAUUUUUUCCUCAGUGUUUGAAUGUUUUUGUAAAUGUUAAUAAAAAAGUGUAUAAAAAAAGAAAAUAUAAAUAUUCUUACCACAGC